CAAAAAAACUCCAUAGAAAGGCAGAAACUUGUGUGUAGUCUUCAUAGGGCUAACCCUCCUGAAUGGGAAUGCGAAACCUUUUUUUCUGCUUACACGUGUAAUCACCGGUAUUGCACUUUUACGACGGUCCCUAAACCACCCGAGCGCCAGAAAACAGAAUAUUGCCUUCUGUUCGACCCUGUUAAGGGAAGAGUUCGACUAUCGGUAAAAACAAAAGGUGUAUUUUGCUCUCUACCGUCAUCUGAUUCUAGAUAUUACCUUAGGACGUUCCGUUGGACAGCUAUUGACGAGCGAACUCUGAAUAUCUAAAGUAGCCUAAACUAAUUUACUGCGGCGAUUUUGGUUGGAUUAACUCUCGCUUAAUUACCUUGUCGCGCAGGUGAAAAUCGGUUGUAGGAAGCAUUUACGAAACGAAACUAUGCCGCGUCUUUUUUGUCGGUAAUUCAAUUUAAAAAAAAAAAUUUUUAUGUAAACUCUUGCUCUUUAUGGAAUAUAACCACUCGGAAGAAAACUCGGUGGAGAACCGCGAUCACCCUUCGAAUGCCGCCUUGGCUCUAGUGAGCCACCAUGCCCAGCAGCAUCACAGGGAGCCCCAGACCCUGGUCAGAGCCAGGGGGCCAGGUCGGCCUCAUACCUGUGGAACCCAACCAUCUCCUCUACCGGAGCAGCAGCACCAGCCAGGAGUCCUGCUAUGAGGAGCGAUGUGUGGACCCGGUGGAGUUGAGGCACCAGGGUCCCAGGGGGACCCACCACAAGGCCCACCACGGGGACGUGCAGAGCAAGGUGGCUGAUGAGACCACCGGCUUCAUCCCCGGAUCAGCAGACUCUCCUCCAGGGGAUCACGGGUGUGGUCCUUGUGCCCCCUCCUCCCCAGGCAGCUGUAAGAACUGGGUGUGCAGCGUGCUGACCUGUGGACUCUACAUGGUGUGUCGGCGCACCAUACUGGCCCCCAGUCCCACAGGGAGGUCCUCAGAUGACGAUCAGGAGAAGGUCAACCUCCGGGGUCUCCAGAGCCACCCUGGGGCCAACGACCCCCAAACCAGGAAGGAGGGCGGGGGUAGUGGCUCUGAUUGGUCGGAGGACAUCUACAUCAGAGGGGUCAAAGUGGAUAUUCCCAGAAUGGAGGAGGAGCCAGUGGUCAUUACCAGGCCUCUGUUACACAAUGGAAGAGGUGGAGGAGGGAGACGGUACAGCCCUCCAUCCUACUCCUGGUAUGAGGGGGAUACGGGUGAUCUGAGCAUGGGUGACGUGGACUCUCUGAUCACCCAGAAGCUUCUGGAGCUGUACUCUGAGUACCAGAUCGAGGAGCUGGCCCACUGCACCUCGGACUCAGUGUUCCUGAAGAAGACCGGUGAGAUCAGCCAGCUGAUCAGUGACCUGGCCGAGGAGCAUCAGCUUGAUGAGCAGGACGCAGAAUGUCGACUGGUCAAGGGCAUCAUCAGGAUCAGCACUAGGAAGAGUAAGAAGAGACCUCCAUACCGAAGGUCACAGAGGAGUACCUCCGACAGCGGAAACGAAACUAUGAGCAACUACCAAACAUCAACCAUCAGCAAUAACAAUGAUUACGAUAUCCAGAUCUCCAAGGAGACAGAUUCUGAUAUGAACGCUAGGAACAUGAGGAUGACCAGUGGAGCAGCAGAAAGUUCUGAACGUCAGAUGUCUGUGUUCAGCAUGCCCCUGCCCGGGACUUCAGUCAGAACAUGAUGAUCCUUCUUCAACACUGCUGAUACCAUGGAGCUACUCACCAGACUCCAGCUGAAGAGGUUGGGAGCCAUACAGAUACACAUAUUGUAAGGUCUAUUUAAUUCUGUGUUGGGAACUUUAAGGAGCCUGAGAAUUGCACUUAAAUGAAGUGGGAGGAGUAUUAUGCGUAUGCAAACUCCGUCCGCAGACCACUACUUUACUUUGAAGGCGAUACUAUGAAUCGUGUCAUCUGUAUAUUGAAGGAUUCUAAUGUAACCAGGGUCGUGAAUUUAUCUUUGAUUCUGGCGUAUUGCGCCCUUGUUUGGGGGUUGGUUUGUCUCAUAGAAAAGUCACUGUAGAUUUACUUCCCAAACCCUUCCAGCAGCUUCCCCUGUUUUGUUGUUCCUCUUAUUGCCCUCCAAUUACAUCCGUGGUGGUGUGUGUUCCUUUACCCUUGAAUAACAACUAGCUCUUUUGAUAUGAAACUCGACUCUCCACUGCUGCCGGAUCUCUUUCUGCAUUAUCGCUUCAACACUAACACAAGAAUCAGUUUCAAGGUAGUGUACUCACAUCCAGGGACUUGCAGGGUAAAGUAAACUGGCCCGAGGAAGAUAGAUAACCGCACACUUGAUUGGUCAACGGUUUUAUAGUGCAACAUGUAGACACCAAGAACUAACCUGGAAUGUACUGGAGGCCCAAAAAAAACACUGGGAACGGAUGAAGAGGGAACACCUCAAAGACGAUGAAUGUUAUUGACGUAUUGGUGACUUUGAAAUACAAGAUGUAGAUGUGCUUUUUGAUGCCAAGAGAAUUUCAUGCUCCUGUACCUAACUAGGUAACAUUUUACUUAACACCCAGUGUCAUAACAUGUUAUGACAUGGUCUUAACUAUGUGGAAACACUUGACAUUUCCUGUCAUAAUAUGGUCAUUACACUGUCAAUGCCCAUAUGUUUACACCUGUUGUGACAUAGAUUGUAUUUUAUGGCUGGUUAUAGAAUCAAAACUCACAUUUAUUCAAAAUAGUUUUUUCCUGGCCAAGAAGUGUCCUUCCAUUUUUAAAAGAUUGUUUCUUAAAUCCUCUGUUAUAAUGAAUUCUUUACGGUCAUGUUUUUGUUGUAUUUGAAUUAACUUGUAGAAAAUCCGCUUUUUGACACUGCCGUGAAGCAUUAUGACCAUCAUCCUAUAGUCACAUAUCACGUACGUGCUGUUAUAUAUGUCAUCCUAUAAGUCGCCUAUCACGUACGUGCUGUUAUAUACGGCAUCCUAUAAGUCGCCUAUCACGUACGUGCUGUUAUAUACGGCAUCCUAUAAGUCGCCUAUCACGUACGUGCUGUUAUAUACGUCAUCCUAUAAGUCGCCUAUCACGUACGUGCUGUUAUAUACGUCAUCCUAUAAGUCGCCUAUCACGUACGUGCUGUUAUAUACGUCAUCCUAUAAGUCGCCUAUCACGUACGUGCUGUUAUAUACGUCAUCCUAUAAGUCGCCUAUCACGUACGUGCUGUUAUAUACGUCAUCCUAUAAGUCGCCUAUCACGUACGUGCUGUUAUAUACGUCAUCCUAUAAGUCGCCUAUCACGUACGUGCUGUUAUAUACGUCAUCCUAUAAGUCGCCUAUCACGUACGUGCUGUUAUAUACGUCAUCCUAUAAGUCGCCUAUCACGUACGUGCUGUUAUAUACGUCAUCCUAUAAGUCGCCUAUCACGUACGUGCUGUUAUAUACGUCAUCCUGCUCCUGAAAUCUGCAUCUGCGUUCAUCCCAGCCAUCAGCAAAGGAGCGUUGGGGUAAGUGCAUGCCUGACAUCAAUGUGUGUGCAAUUACAGUGAUCAUUUAACGUGGUCAAUUUCACACGCAAAUAUAGAACAUGCCAACAGUGUAAUUGUGUAGUGGAAUGUUUUGCCUUGUGUGGCAGGUUUUGACAGUCUUAUGGAGGUGUCAUAACCUGCCAUAAAAUAACGCAAUAUGUGUCAUGACAAGGGACAAAGGUUAUGACCUAUUAAAAUGGUUAUGACCAUGUCAUAACGUGUUAUGACGCUGGAUGUCAAGUGAAGUGUUACCCAUAAUGGUAAUCCUAAUGUUUGUAUUGCUUUAAAAUUGGUUAGGGUCCAAAAUCUCUCACGAGCAUGUGGCCUGGAUAAUGAUUAACAUGAUCUCAUUGUAGACGCCAAUGAGUAUAUACUUGAAAUUAAAUUGUAUAAUGUGUGCAUUUCUGUGAUUUUAUAUACAACUUUUUUUUUGUUUAAACUGAUGCACAAGCAUAAAUGAAGUUGUAAAGGCAUUGAUGCCAUGCUAUUCUUGCACAUUUUGUCUUCUGUUUUAUUGUGGCUGGUAAAAAUGAACUGUGUUGCUCUCUAUGGGGAAAAUUCUAACUUCCACUUCAGUCUAAUUUGAGUUCUGUACAAUGAGACUAAGUGGAUUUAUGUGGAAGUUAGGAUCCGCCUCUCUAAGAAUGUCUAAAUGAAUGAUUUGUUAAUAAAUAAAUAUUUUAAAUGGAAAUCCUCCAGGCGAGAAUGUCUGAACCUGGGACUAGCUCACUUUCCAUUAGCUCACCAGUGGAAGAGUCCCAGACAUAUGUUUUGUGUGUGUUGUUGACAUUAAGCUCUGUGUAUCUCUGUUUUCAUUCUUUCUAAAUAGCCUUUUCCUGUCGCGUUACUGGACAAGAAUCAACCAGUUACUCACACACACACUACUCUUCCAAACUAUCUACAACUCAGUUCUAGUGUGUUGAUGUAUUGAAAUGGACGAAUCUCUGACAACAUGCAGACUUACGAACGGGUUCUGUGAUGUGAUGUUCUGUGAUGUGAAAUGUAAAGAUCUAUUCUACUAUGGAUGGAAAGCAUAUAUUUUAUUCUACUUAAAACAUUUUUGUCUGAA